AGUUGAUUGAGGUUCGUCGGCAGAAGGAUGGCGUCGUUCUCUUCCCUCAAAUCUGCAAUCUUCGAAAGAGAAGAGAGGAAACAGCAGUACCAAGCCCAGAUUCGCGGCCUCAAUGCAUACGACCGCCACAAAAAGUUCUUGAACGAUUACGUUGCCUUUUAUGGGAAAGAAAAAUCUCAACAUGUAAAGUUGCCUGUUAAAACUGAUCAGGACACCCUUAGAGAGGGAUAUUGGUUCAUACGUUCAGAGGAAGAUGAUCAAAAUCCGUCCUGGGAGCAAAGGCUGGUCAAGCGCUACUAUGAUAAGCUUUUUAAAGAAUACUGCAUAGCAGACAUGUCACAGUAUAAAAGUGGCAAGAUUGGUUUAAGGUGGAGGACAGAGAAGGAAGUCAUAUCUGGUAAAGGUAAAAAUUCCAUCUUAGACCAACAAAACUACAACUACUACUACAACCGUAGGCCUAACUAUGCUCACCAGCGCAGCUACAAUAAUGAAUUUCAGGCCAGUGAUCCAGUGACCAGGUCGAAGGUAGUCAAUGUGAAUGAUUAUGGAGCUAAAGCUGAUGGAACGGAUGAUUCACAGGUAUGAGUUAUGCAAUAGGAGAUACCCCUCUCUCCUUUCUAACUCCUUUCUUUUCUU